AUGGCAGACGUAUUCGACGACACAGAGCCCCCCAUCGUCGACGGCGACCUCCUCGAGGCCGCAAAGGAGAACAUCCAGCCCCUCGCCGCCGGCCGCCGCGUCACCGCCCUCUCCGCCAUCCUCUCCACCCCGCACGCCCAGCGCGAGUCCCGCCUCGCCGCCGCCCGCACCCGCCUCCGCAUCAAUGUCGACCUCGCCCUCGCCGAUCCCGACGAUCCCGACGCCGACCCCCUCGACGCCUACAGCCGCCUCGUCGCCUGGACCGUCGAGAACUACCCCCAGGGCCACAGCGCCGAGUCCGGCCUCCUCGAGCUCCUCGAGGAGGCCACCCGCGUCCUCAAGGACGACCGCGCCGGCCGCUGGCGCGCCGACGUGCGCUACCUCAAGCUCUGGGUCCUCUACGCCGGCUACGUCGAGAAGCCCGCCAUCAUAUACAAGUUCUGCCUCGUGAAUGAGAUUGGCACCGCCCAUGCGCUGCUGUACGAGGAGUUCGCCACCGUGCUCGAGCGCGCCGGCAGAAAAGCAGAGGCCGACGAGGCGUACCUCCUCGGUAUCGCGCGCAAGGCCGCCCCCGUCGAGCGCCUGCAGAACAAACACCGCGAGUUCCAGAAACGCAUGAUGUCCUCCAUCAACGCUGCCGCCGCCACCACCACCCCCGAGCCCGCCGCGCCCUCCGCCUCAUCAUCAUCCUCAACCCGUCGCGCCCUCGCUGAAGCGUCCUCGUCCUCGUCCUCGUCCUCGAGCCGUACACGCGCAUCCCGCACGGGCUCCGCACGCACGCCCGGCCAGCUCGCGACGCCCUCGCCCGCGCCGUCCGUGCCGCGUCCGAACGGGCGCAUGCAGGUCUUCGUCGACCCCUCGGGCGCGGACGCGGAGAACGACCCGUCCGCCGCCGCGCCGUGGCCCGAGCUCGGCACGCGCAAGUCGCGCGUCAAGGAGAACGUCCCCGAGGUGCGGAAGGCCGCGGGCACGACGCUCAGGACGGCGGGCCGUUCGUCGCGCGCCGCUUCUGGCUCGCGGAUCCCCGUGUACAGGGAUCCCGAGCCGGGCGCGGCUGCGGAGAUGCCGCCGCCGCCUGUGCCUAGCCUUGCUUCUGCCCCUGCUCCUGCUGCGAAGAAGAGCGCGCUGGUCGUGUUCCGCGACGAAGAGGACGGCGCGGACGCGCCAGCCACGCCGGCGUUCACGCCAUACCGCGACGAGGAGCCGUCGUCGCCGACGCACGCGGCUUCUGCUACGGCGAUGAGGCCCAAGGCGGUCGGCCCGCACAAGAACGUGCUGGGCCUUACUGAGGCGGAGGCGCUGCGGAAGGACCCGUUCAAGAACUACGAGGCCGGGGAGAGGCCCGCCGACGAGUGA